AUGCAAUCUCUCUAAUCAUCAUAAUCAAACUUCAUCCAAAACACAAUGUCUAAAGUUGAAGAAUAUUUUGUGGAAAUAGAUCUACAAUUAGACGUAAUUUUCAUAUUCUAUUAUAUUCUAGUCUUCCUUCACUAGAAUAGAUCAAUUAGUUGACUAAAUUGUUUAUAAAUCCUUUGAAGGCAUGAAUCACUAAAAUGAAUCACUACUUGAAUUACCUUAAUUUAUUUAAUUCCAGAUCGAUUUCACUGACUAUUAAUAACAAAUCAUAGAGUGCGUGAAACCUUUGGUAAAUAAGUUCCUCAAAAAUGAAAUUAAAAUAAAAAAUAGAAAAAUAAUUGAAAAUGAUUCUUAAAGUGGAGAAAUUGAAGAAUUCGAUAGAAUUUAAAAUGAAGGAAAAUUAGAAGUUAUUAUUUAGAGUUAAAAGGAAAUGAUUUUAGUUGGCAAUAAAUAGAAGUAAUUAGAAUAAUAAUUGAUGAAGUAUAAAUAAGUUUAAUUUAAUUUAAUUGAUGAUUCAAAUUAAUAGAUUGGUUGGUGUUAUGCAAUAGUGUUCAAUAAAGAUGGAUCAAUUAUGAUUUCUUGUGAUAAUUGUGGGAUUAAAAUAUGGAAUUUUGAAUAAGGAAGAUUUAAAUUAUCUAAUUCUUACAAUAAACAUACAAAUCCUGUUAAGUGUUUAGUGUUUAGCAAAAAAACAAAUAAUUUUAUUUCUGGUUGUGGAUAUAACUAAAUUAUAUGUUGGUAAUAAAUUAAUUAAAAAGAUUGGAAGUAUUCAUAACUAUUCGAGUAACAUACUGAUAGUGUUAAUUGUUUAUUAUUAAAUUAAUAAGAGGAUCAACUUAUUUCAGGAGGAAUGGAUAAUAAAUUAAUAGUAUGGAAAGUAGAUUUUAUUAAGAAUCAUCUGACUUUUCUGUAUUCUUUAGAUCAAAAUAUCAAUAGUAUAAACUCACUGAGUUUUAAUUAAUCUGAAACUUUAUUGGCAUCAUGUGAUUAUUCUCAUUUCAUCAUAUGGGAGAAAGGAUAGUAAGGAGUAUGGGAAUUUAAAUAUAAAUAGAAUGUCGAAAGUGGAUAUAAAAUUCAUUUCAUUAAUGAUUAACAAUUUCUUUGGGUAACUUCAAAAAUGAAUGAUAUUUUGGUAUUUGAAUUAUAGAAUAGAGUUUUUAAAUAGAAUUAAAAUAAAACUAUUUCUUUAAUUAAGAAUAACGAAUGUGAAGAUGAUAGAUCAUUUCCAAUUAUGCAUAAUAAAGAUAGAAAUGUGAUAUUUGUAAGACAUAAAAAUCAUAUCUAUUUGAUUAGACAAUUAAAUGAUGGCACGCUUAGUAUUCUUGCAUCAUUAAAUUCUUAAUCUAGAUAAACUUAUGGAACUAUCACCAAUAAUGCCUAAUAUUUAGUAUUUUAAGAUAUGAAAUCUUAAAAGUAUUCAUCAUAUGAGAUAUAAUAUAUAUGA